AUGGUGGUGGGACACCGGGUUCUCACAACUGCCCCGCGGCAGUCUAGUUACACUAGGGUUGGGUUGGUGAGACCAGCUCUUCUCAGUUUAUCUGUCACCAGUGUUUCUACCGUGCAAUACGUGGGGGAUGGUGCGUGUUCGUAUUGCUGCUGCAGUAGGCGUUACAUUCGCACCAUCAUCACACCACGCCCUGCUGUUACUACACUUGUAUACAUUGACAAGUAUGGACGGCCGGUUCGAAAUGGAACGGAGACGGAUGUUUCACUGAUACGCACUCGAGACAACCAAUUUUACCUGCAACGCGUGCUGCCCGGCGGGGAGGUGAUACGCUGGCGUGCCCCUGGGCUAGACCAUCUGAAGCAUGUUACCAACUUUGAGACGUACAACCUUAAUGAGAUUGACGAGUAUGGUGGGGUUAUAAUCCCGGCUGGUGUGAUGCCUACAACACCCAACGACCCCCCGAGUUAUCACGAUGCGGUGUAUUACAUUAACCGCAUGGAGGCCACGGAAAAGAUCACUCGCAAGACCAGACGCCGCUGGCACCGCCGCCUCUAUGCCCAUUGGAAGGAGAGCCCAGAUAAAUUCUUUAACUACUCCAUAAGCGCCUACGGGGUUCCGUUCAUUGUACUCUUGUGGUUAACCAUCCGUGGUUUUCACAGCAUAAAGAACAACAAACCAUUCUGGGACGUUAAUGUGUAUGGAAAAACAGAUGAGGAGUCCGAUGCACGCGACCCUUGGCUGCGGCUGAUGCGGUUCUCAGACCGCCACCCCGAGCACGAGGGGCUUGACCUGACUGUCACAAUGAUGUCCCCAGGACAGUCGCGGCUGUCAAACUCUCGUGCAGAGCUGCGGGAGUCGGACUUUACGGACCCACAUUUUCACAGUGAGUUGUGGUGGAAGCUACGGCACGUGCGGUACUACGGGCACUGGCCAAAGGGCUUGUCGGAGUAA